AUGCUCUGUUACUCUGAAAACAAAGGAUAUAAAUACAUGAAUUCUGGCAUGCGAUAUAUAGACCCACUUCCAAAUAUUAUAAUAGAUGAACAAAACGAGGUAACAGUAAUAAGUCGUUUAUCUGGAUUUGCAUAUUUUUCACAACUUAUGCUCAACGCAGAGAAUAAAAUAAGUCGUAAGCUAUUGAAAAAGGAAAUUUUUCCAUUCGAUCCAAGAUAUUGGAAACAAGUCCUGGUUCUUCUUGGAAUACAAAUCGUCCUAUCAAUUGGAAUAACACUUGGUUUGACGGUAAUCCAAUACAUGAAGUUCGAUUCAUCAUCUAUUGACAGAAUAAAUGGUAAACUGGACAUAAGCUUAGUUCUUAUACCUGUUGAGACGGUGCUGGCAAUAAUAAAUGAUGGGAUAUUAGUGUUUCUUUUGGUUUCAACAACAGUGCGAAGAAAGUGUCCAGUAAAUAUUGUCCUUUUGAUGUUAUAUACGAUGUUUACUUCACUGACAGUUGCUCUUCCAUUUACAAGUUUGGGAAUUGAAUGGAAAAUUAUGGCAUGGGCAGUUACUUUGUUGUUGUUUAUAGCAUUUACAUUAUUAGGAGCAUCUAUUCGAAUACGUUUAUUAUACACAAAUUUAUGGUUUCUCGUGAUUAGCAGCACAGAGUUUAUUGCUAUCAUAGUUGCGGUAUUUGUAUCACAAUAUUUUAGACUAACGAUGGUAAUGAUCAUCUGUGCUGUAUGUUCAGCUAUUUUUUUAAUCACAUUAAUGCUGAUUGUAGGACAGGCAACAUUUGGUAGACAUGACUUUCGAAUUGCUGGUGAUGAUUACUGUUUAGCUGCAUUGUUAUUGUACACUAUAAUGAUGAUGGAUUGGUUAACGAUCGUUCAAAAUUUACAAUACUUCACAAACAAUACACUCAAUAAAACACAAACCAGUAACAGCAGCCAAAUUUUCACCCUUAAAAAUUAAAAAUAUACUUCCCUAGACUAUCUCAACUAUAUGGAUUCCUGAAAUAUAAGUUUCAAAGAUUUUAUUGUAUGCGGAUGGUUUCAGGUGAACUCAAGGAUGCUUUCAGAAGCUCUAAAAUAGCCGAAGACAUUCCAUCCAAUCAUCGUUUGGAAGAACAUUCCAGAAUCUCACUGUGCAGAGUUUUGAUUAGACAAAUGCUAAAAACUUCUUCAUUCGGAUUGGAUGAUUG